UAUAUAGUCAUCGCCAUCGAAUCUAAAAUGACGAUAUAAUGGCAACUUUCCACCAAAACCCCGAAGAGGGUCGCCCGCCCGAUUCCCCUUCGUGUACAACGCCACUGAAACUGUUAAACCGGAAGUCAUGCUCCAAGUCUCCGUGGCACACUAACCCCAGCGACAAACAUCCCCCGUAUCGUUGCUCCAACUCCAAUCCGGUGCCCCCAAACUUCGAUAACAGCGCAUUCUUUGAAGUGGAGACGAGGCUCGUGGAGGAUCUCAACAAGAAUGUUCAUGUUACUGUAAAGAAGUGUAAUAGGAUGGAAAAAAGUAGUUUAAAACAAAGUUUUCCGAAAUUGCUUUGUUUGAAGAGGUCGCCUGUGCUUUUUAGCCGAAGAGAUAGUGACCGAAAUCCCUUAAAAACCUUAAACGUGAACACCUUAAGAACCGACAACAUAAACUACGAUCAAUAUUUGGAAAAAAGUGCCUGCAGUUAUCUGAAUAGCUCCAAUUCAGAAAACGCUCAAUGUGAUAAUUCAACAAAUAUAUCGUCCCCUACUCACGAUAAUAGUAGAUUAGAAAAUCGGAAGAAGAAUAGAAGCAGUUUUCAUCAGAAUGUCGAGGAAGCUUUGAAUUCCUUGUUGUGGCAACCGUACGAAUAUCAGGAGACUACUAGGGCUUCCCCUUCGACCUCACCUUUCAGUUCCUACAGUAGUCCAUCUUCAUCCUAUAACGACCUUGAAGAAAUCACAAAGAAUGAUGGUAAUUCAUGCAGUUUUAGAGACCUACAUCUUCAAUCCUCGACUUCGGUUUCAGAAAUGGUUAUUAACCUGCAAGAACUCAACCUGACUGACCAAUCAGAGGUUCCCUUUACGUCACAUGACCCCCGUACAAUUCGUUCAACAACUUGGCUGAGCGAGGUAUUCAGUCUAACGGAGUCCGCGAGACAGCGCGUUUCGUGCGAUAGCGUUUGCAGUGUUAGUGAUGUAAAUAUAAACUGUUGUGAUAUGCAAGUUAGUGCACCGUUAAACACGUCCAGUGCGGCCCAGACAAACGUGCUACACAUCCACGCUAACGAUAAUGGGGUGAAUAAUACCAGUGUUAACGUUAAUCAACAAACUGUGUUUCAAAACAUUAACGAAACUAACCUAAGUACCGCUAAUGUCGUUGGAUUACCGAACCAUGCGAGGUAUUCUUCUGUUCCCGUGAGUACUAUUCAAAAUAGAGCUACGAACAAUAACAAUUUAGUACCGAAACACUCGAGGAAUGUGUCAGAACCAUCCAACCACUUUUUUAAGUGUCAAAAUAACAAUAUUUUGACUCCACAACCAGGAAGUUCUGUACCGAUCCAAUACAGACACAGUUCACAACUAGAUCAUUCGAAUGUGCAACAAAUUAACAAUUUUAGAGGUACUUCCGUGCCCAAAAAUGUGCCAAUUAUCCCUCGACACGACAUUACCACAGUAACAACUACCACUACAGUCCCUAGUACUCAUGUAAACAAUUCAAGACUAACUCAGAAGGUUAAUACACAGGAUAUAAGUAAUAUUAACGUCAAUUUUUACAGAGCAGUACCCGUCAAUGUCAUUUCUUCAGUACCUACGAUUCAUUGUUUGAAUACUUUGAGCAAUGUGCAAGGUAAUGAGGUAUCUAAUGUACAGGUACUUCCUUUAGGAAAUCCAACGAACGUAGUAACUAGUAGUUCUUUGGUGGUAGGUACUACCCAAGUGAUACUGCAUAAUACUCAAGCGAGUAUUAAUAAUACCAACGAUAGACCUACUUUUGUAAACACAUCGACUUCUGUUUUACCAUCUAAUACAUUUUCUACGAGUACUGGUACUAACACUGCAACCCACUUUCCCACUCAGGCUUCCACAAGUCAAGUUUUUAUACAGAACCACAGACCUAAUACCAGUACCGUACCAUUUGUAAACAUACAGCCUGUUUUAAGAACGAACGUUCAAGUGGAAAGUACUUCUCAUAACGCCCAAACAAGACCAGUGAACACUCCUAGGACCUUCACGAGUACUGAAGCUCAAACGGAUGAAAUAUCUAUUCUUCCAGCAGCAACGAAUGAACAAACCACAACUGAUAGGGAACAAAGGAGAAAAGAACGAAGGGAAAGGAGGCACCAAAGGAGACUAAACAACAGAUACUCCGUGGAUAAUGGUACUCAAGUUAGCAACCAGAAUGAUCGGUUGCCGGAUUUGCUCAGCAACCAUCUACCACCUCCGUACUCACCCAUUACUAGUGCUUCUGGACCAAACAUCGGGUCGGUCAGUCCUAUGUCGCCGUUAAUGACAAAUUCCGGGAUUUUGCCCCAUCCUCACGGUACAGUACUCCAAACGGUUGUUCCUAAUAAUAUAGUGCCUCCCAGUGGAUUUGUUUUUCAAGGACCGCCUCCAGUGGCACAGGUGCCUUUAGUACAAGGACCGGCGCAAGUGGCAGUCCCUGUGCCGCCCCCUACUGGAUUUAGGUUCCCGUUUCCUGCUACAGGCUUUAGAAGGGGCAGAUUCUCCGAGGACCCUCCCAAAGGUUGCUGCGGAAUCCUGUCGUGGAAGCCGGGCUCGCUGAGAUGGUUCAUAGCCCUCAUAGCUCUAGUCGCCGUCUGCUGCGUGUUGGUGGGCACAGCUCUGGGCGCCAUGAGGCCUUCCGGAAGAGACCAUCUCACGGUCUCUCUACUAAUGAUAGGCGUUGGAAUAGUUCUGGUCACUGUAAGCGGAGUAGCAUGGAGGCUCACCUCGCACGACUCCUCCACCUGCCGAUCAAUGUUAGGCUUAGGUAGUACCGAAUCUGUGGAAGUGUGUACUCGACGUUUCGUCCCCAGGCUUCCACCGGCGUACGGCCGUCCACACCAUCCGUACGCCGCCAUGAUGUACCCCGAGUUUCAAUACAGGCCUCCUCCGCCCAGUUAUCAGGCUUCGAUGCAGGAGUAUAGGUUAAGGCUGUUGUUGCUGGAGAGAGGAAAUACGCCGCAAAUACAGAGUGGGAUUCAGAACGCCGUGUCGCCCCCUCCGACGUAUAGGAGUCAGUCCGGUAGUUUGUUAAGGGCUCCAACCGCUGGUCGGCGAGACGCACAAUCGGAAUACAGUUGUCCACCGUCUUACAGAUCUCAGAGUACCAGGCCGGGUACUUUACAACCCAACUCAGUACUUCAUAGUAGGGAGCAAUCUUUGAGCCUUUCGGAGUCAAAUCACGGAGGAUCGAUGGUCAACGUAGUCAAUAUUCUAGGUAGUACUGAAGAAGACAUAGCCCUAGACAAUAUCACGUUAGACUCAUUGAAGAUGGAGCCAGAGCACGACUUGAACCCCAUCAAGAUGCUGCUGAAAGGCAGCUCCAACGAACUAGAAGGCAGCAAAGACGGCAACCUCGUCACCAUCGUACAAACCAGUGACCAGAGCCCAGUGAUAGUGACUGUCAGCGGUAGUUCGCAGAUAGAUAAUAGUAGUAACGUUCAAAUUACCGAAAUACCUUCAGAAAUGGAAAUACUAGCACAUUUAUAGUGUAUAUAAUGACAGAAUUUAAAUUUUAAACUCAUAGUUUUUUGAAAUUAGUCAUGUUGUUGAAGAAUAUAAGAUCUGUUGAAUAACGCUAAUUGGUAAGAAAGAUGUUUACUGAUGUUUUGUGACACACAAGAUUAUUUAUCCUAAAUGAGACAAUUUGACAACAACAAACAAUUAUAGCGUACUAUUUCACUUAAGAUCCUCAAUGCCUUACAUUUGUCCUUGAAGGCUUUGCUACAAAGGACCACAGAAUAGGUUUAAUGAAUACGGGAAUAUUCAGAACCAAAAAAUUAGGUGCCCAACUAGUCUAACAACAAUUUUCAUCAGCGUCAGUGACAUCACAGCUCAUUAUGAUCCAAAGCUUUCUUCAAAACAAUCCUCAAUUUACCCCUGUAUCCGGCAAUUCUUCUCCAUGCUCUAACUCCAAUAGAUUUUUAAAUAUUCCAACGUGCAAUGAAGUAAACACUUCUGUUGUAUGUAGGCAUAUGAAUUUAUUAAAACUCUUAAAAUUUAUCCACAAGGAAGUGGAAGUACAAAACGUUUUCGGUCAAACUGACCAUCAUCAGUGUAAACGUCCAGUGUACAAGUAAUUGUAACUAGCCACUUCAAUAGGUGUAAAAACCUCUAAAUUACAUUAUUAUGAAACAAUAAAUAAAAAAUUAUAGAAUGAAACAAUAAUGUAAUUUAGAGGUUCUUACACCUAUUGAAUUGGCUAGUUACAAUUACUUGUACACUAGACGUUUACACUGAUGAUGGUCAGUUUGACCGAAAACGUUUUGUACUUCCAUUCCCUUGUGGAUAAACUUUAAGAAUUUUAAUAAAUUCAUAUGCCUACAUAAAACAGAAGUGUUUACUUCAUUCCACGUUGUUAUAUUGAAGGUAUACAGCCAACUGCAGGGUUUAAUAAUAAUAAUACUAAUAAUAAUAUUUAUUUCGAAAAUACCCCCUUUUUAAAGUUUUAAAUAUUCCUCUUGGUUGUCCAGAUAUCUAAGUCUAGAUCUUCCUCAGGCUCCUUUUUCCAUCGGCCCUCUUCUGUGAAAAACUUCUGUGACUGUUGCACCUUUCUCUCGCCUGAUUACAUGCCCUAACCAUCUAAAGCUUGCUACCUUAAUGAAUUUUACAACGUCAGGUUCUCCGAAACUUCUAUACAACUCUUUUAUCCCCCAAUAUAUUCUUCUCAGGAUUUUUCGCUCAAAACCUUUAAGCAGUUUCAAAAUCCACAAGGAAAAGAAAAAGUUUUCCUGUACUUGGCUGUAUACCAUCAAUCACAAAAUUGGAAAGAAAUCCUUUGUAAAAGGUAUAAAAUUUUUUUUUAUUAAAAAUCCCUUAAAAGGGCUACAUCACAACAAAACGUUUUCGAUUUUUAUAAAAAAUCAUCAUCAGUGUUCGAUCUAAAAACUUCAAUUUAUAAACUUCAAUGCUCUGACUGUGAUGCUACGUACAUAGGAAGAACUUGUAGGUCACUAGCAUCUCGUUCCCUUGAACACACAAAAAGAGAAAACACUUCCACCUUUUCUCAACAUUUAAAACAAAACAGUCAUACUCUUAACAUUCCGGAAAAUGUUUCUCUAAUACACAACAUACCUCAAAAGAAUUUCUUAAGACUGGACCUAUACGAGGACUUGGAAAUAAUUAGAGAAAAGCAAAGAAGCCCUAACUGUGUUAACCGCCAUGUGUCUUUCAAUCGUGACUUCAAUCCUUUACAUCGUCAACUUUUUUCUUAACCUAAAUUUCCAAACUUCUUUGCUGUUUCCAAACUCUUUUUCAUUUAUAUUAACUUUUCCUCCAUAUUUACUUAUUUAACAGAUGACAUUUCUAACAUCAACUCAUUAUCCCUUAACUUCUACUAGUCUUCCAAAAUAAUCUACUUUAACUUUUUCCACAGUUUUUAUUAAAUCGACCAGUCACAACUCUAACACUAUUUGAUCUUUUCCACCCAAUUUCAUAACUUAUCGCCAUUUGAUCAGGUUUUCGUUAUAGGUCCUACUAAACUUCAGAAAAAUAUUUAUAAAAGGUUUUUAUACUAAUUCUUCCACUCUCUUAUCCAUAGGAUGUGGGGUCUGGUUUCUGGGGCGCCCAGCCUUUUUCAUCACACCUCAUUACAGUAAACAAUUCUGAUAUCAAAUCACAAAUUAUUCACUACCUUCUAAUUUUACACCUAUUGCUUGUUUUCCAAUACACCUUCAUACAUCCAUCCAGUUUUAAACCUUUUCAAUUCAACUCGAUAACUUGGUAUAAAAAAUAAAAAAUAGAAAAAAUCUCUAUUUCAUAAACAUGUUUAGUCCUAGAUCCCUAUGUUACAUAAAAGGACCUCAUACUUUUGCCAGGUUAUUAGUUCAAUUGAUAUUCUUCUUCACUUCCAAUAUCAACACUCAGGUACCUAUAACCAAUUAAUUCACAUAUUAUCAUUAUAUCAUAUCAGUUUCCUCCUGUGACUCAUACAACUUAUCUUAAUUUCAACACUACUUUAAUAUCAGACUUCCAUUUACUACAGACUCUCUAAUUUACUCUGCCAUUAGUACAAUUAAACCAAACACGCCUUUUAAUUCAUAGUAAAUUAAAUUUUCAACAGCACAGUUGGACUUACUUCAAUUUGAAUAGGAACCGCAUUCAUCAAUCUUUGAAUUAUGUAUAGGUGGCUGCAUAGAUUCUGGCUAAUUCUCUAUUUACAUUAUAAAAAUCAUUUCAUAAUCCACGUUCAUCUUACAUAUUCAAGGUACUUACUUAAAUGUAAUUAUAGCCACAACUUUGUUGAUGUUUGUUAUUGCUAUGUAAAUUUUCAUUAAAUAUUUUACUAACAAUUAGUUGGCUGUCGUAAUACAGGGUAAAUUCCACGUCACGUUGUCCAUCUGUCUUUUGACACCUUUCAGAAACAUCACUCAUUUCGCAUUCAGUUGCCAUUAAGUCAUUGAAAUGUGAUCAACUCAAUUUGGAUCCCACGUGUUGGGAAACCUGUAUACUUUACCUUGGGGCAUUAUCCUGUUUGCCAUGUGACCAUCACAGGCCUUUUUAUUGAAGUAUGCACUUUUAAGGCAUCUAUAUUUUAUGUAAAGGGUUUUUACCCAGAUAUUUUUCUUUUGUGGCUCAGCUAGCAUCCAGUUUGUAAGUAUAACCAACUUGCUCUAACCUUUGUCAAAAUUUAAAUACUAACUUUAUAUUCAUUAAAUCGGUUAUACUUAUUUUUAGAUCGAACACUGAUGAUGAUUUUUUAUAAAAAUCGAAAACGUUUUGUUGUGAUGUAGCCAUUUUAAGGGAUUUUUAAUAAAAAAAAAUUUUAUACCUUUUACAAAGGAUUUCUUUCCAACUUUAAGCAGUUCUUUGUUCUUCUGUGCAAGUUACCACGUUGCUGCUCCAUAUGUUAGCACUUGUCUUAUUCGCGUUUUAUAGACGAUCACUUUAAUUUUGCUGCGUAGUUUUGGGGUCAUCUGUCUUCUCAAGCCAUUUUAACACUAUGGCAAGCACUAAUUUUCUUUUAAUUUCUACGCUGACGUAGAAUAUUUGGUCAAUAUCUAAUCUGCGACAGAGAAGAGUCCGAAGAACGCAUAUUGCGUUACUUGUGCAGUAUUUUUCUUAACACAAAGCAAUUAUUCUUGAUCAACAUACGAUAAAAAUAAAAUUUGUUUUCAUUGUUUUAGAAACUGCAGUAGCAUCGUCACUUAAACCACUGUAAAUAAUAAACUAAUGAUCCGAUUUAGCUCAAAUUUUGACAGAUGACAUUUGAAUAUUGGUACUAUGUUGUUUUACUUUAGCGUUAUUUAGUGAUGCGUAUUCUUGUAAGGCCUUGGACUUGAUUCAUUGGUAUGGUAAAUAAAAAUAUGAUUUUUAGCGAGUGUGUUACAAAAAUUCAGUAAAUAUGUGAUGUACAGAAAAUAUCUAUAGAGAUACCUCAUCUCUUUGUUAAAUAUAUGCCACGUUUUACUUUUUCUUUGACAGUUGGUACUUCAUACGGAAACUAUAAAAGAGUUGUAUGGAAGUCGUUAAUCAUAUAAAGAAAUUCAUCGAUUCAUUUUUAUUUUGUCUCUACAAUGCAACUUGUUUGGAUAUAGAACCUUUCGUCUAUUUUCUGGUCUUGUUACCUAUUUAAUUCAUUUUUGAUCAUGUUGUAUUUCUUUCUCUCUCUUUGUCGUUUGUCCUUGCUCUCAAAUAAAAUAAUAUUGUCUCAUUUUCGCGAAAUCACGGUUGAGAAACUCAGUUCUUUGCAUCCAUAUAAAUUAAAAUAUGCAGACAAUGUCUAACUACAAUGGGCAGCAGGUCUCCCCAUAGAGUUAAUCAUCUUCAUCUUGAUCUGAUUGUAUAUUGUAUUCUAUUCUUUCUCCUACUUAAACUUCUUUGCUGUAGUUUUAUUUAGCCAAAAAUGUUUACAAAAUAUCGUUAAUAUAUUUCUUUACAUGGCCCACAGGUCUUCAUAUCUACUUUAUACAAAUUUUUGAAACAUCUAACCAAUAUUGGCAGAUUUAAAUAGUGGGUCGGUGAUGAAAAAAUCCAAUACACACUACAAAAAUACAAACAAAAACUUAAAAAUGCGUACAUGAUUGAAAAAGAAAAAGUAACGAAUUUUAAACAAAUCCAUAAGGAAAUAGGUUUUCUUGUAGCUGGCUGUAUACCAUAUAUCACAAAAAAUUUAAGUAAAAUCCUUUAUAAAAGGUAUAUAAUUUAUUAAAAUUCCCUAAAAAGGAACAGGAUGCUGUUCAACACUGAUGAUGAUCUGUAAUCAGAUCGAAAACCUUCUGCAUAUGUAAUGUAGCCCUUUUUAGGGAAUUUUAAUAAAUUUUAUACCUUUUAUAAAGGAUUUUACUUAAAUUUUUUGACUUUAAACACUUUUCAUCAAUGCCAACGCCAUUUCUAAAUGAACGGUCGUUGAAAUCCUAAAUAUUUUUAUUUAACAACUAUAGACCCGUUCAUUUUGCUUGAAAGGCGACAGAAAAAAUCAACAAUUUUAUAUUUUCCGUAUGAAGUAUUUGGUUUAUAAAUAAAAUAUUUCUGAAGUAGUGACGAUGUGAUGAAGAUAACUAGAAAAAAUAAAAUAUUGAUAAAAUUCUUAUAAAAAACUACAUUUAAAACAGCAAAAUGUCUACAUGAUCAAGUUUUUUGGGUUAAACAAGCAAUAUCAAUAAUAUUAUUGAUAUUUUUUCGACUUUCAUAGUUUGUUUUUAGGAUUUUUUGUCAUAAUAUGCUUUUCUGAAGUCGGCAAAUAAUAUUUCAAGUGUCAUUAUUGAUCAUCCUAUAGGACUUUUCAUUCACAGUUAUUUGUUUCGAGCUCCUGUCAUAUGUUGUAUAAUCCGUGUAUAUAUUAAUAUUAUACACAGAUUAUGUAUACAACAUUUGACACAAGCUCGAAACAAAUGACAAUCGAUGAAAAGCCCUAUAAAGAUUUUACAACAAUGAUUAAAACUGAUACUUUUUGAAAUUUCUUUUUUUCUUUCUACAUUUACAUUUCAAUAUGAUAAAUAACAGUGACACAGAUAACAAAUUAAUGACCGUUACUGACGCAACUAAACUUCGCUCAUUUUUAAGAUGAAUGUUCAUAAAUGAAAGAUGGCAAAUUACAAACGAUAAAGAAUCUAUCUGAUAAUGUUACUAUUAGAUCCGCCUCAACGUUCUUUUCAUGAUAAAUGUUGAAGAAUAAUAACAUGGAUGAAUCAAUUCUUAUUUUUUCAUCUUUAUCCACAGUUUUCUGAACAUGUAGAUCUAUUACAGUAUAUUACCCUCAUGGAAUAGUUUAUAAGGAUGUAGAAUAAUUACAAAAAAAAAGAAUGUGUGUACUUUGUACGCACGUAAGAAGUUAUACUUCUAUUAUAUGAUUUCAACGAAAUCAAUAUACUUUGAACAGUUUCUCUACUACUUUCCAAAAAUUUUUAUUAAAGCAAUACCAAAAAUUAAAAGAUAAAAGAAUAAAACACACACAAACACAUUGAAAAAUGCCACAAAUGAUUUCUGAACAAUAAUUGUUGCCAAAAAUUUUAAUUAAAUACGUAUUUUCUGAAAAAAUUAUAUAAUAAUAAACUUACAAUCAUAAAAUCUAUAAAAAAAAUAAAAAAAUAAUAACUUGCAUUGGGGCUUGAACCCACUUCCCGUCUAUCCCGCCGUACGAAAGUCGAAGCGAUUUCCUACUGCACCACCUUCGCGUAUACGUCAUGUGGGAAUAUACACAAACUGAACGUUUACACCAUAAACUUUUUGACAUUUUGUAUAUUUAAUAUGAAUUUAAUCAAAUUAUUAGUUUGAUUUUUGUCGAACUAAAAUAGAGCAAAAUAUAGAGUAAGAAAACGAUAUAUUAGAUGAAGAUUUGUAGAAAGUUUGUUCGUAAUCAGAUUAUGUAAAUUAAAGCAUUGCCAUGCCUACUACUAGGUAAGUACAUUAUUUUUUUACACUUUCCAAAUAGGUAUGAAGAUAAUUUUUUAUUGGAAUACAACUGAAACGUUUAGAAUUACGUACCUGUGGCUUUUCAAAACUAUUUAAAAAGUCACUAUAAUUAUAAAUUUGAUUUUAUUUCUGUCCUCACAACAAUAAAAACUAAUAUAUACAACAUUUUUGUUUACCGAUAACCUCCAUAUUGAACAAUUAUUGACAGAUCAUUUCAACACCCAAUCAGAGCCCGUAUAACGACUAAUACCAUACUGUCGGUGUGCGCAUGCGCCCAAAAAUAAAAAUUCACUCCCAAUCGCGCCUAAACAAGUAUAACUUCAAAAAAAACUAUUCAUAUGUGCUUCUUUUUCAAAAUUUACAUUUUAAGUUAACAAAAGGCACUUCUUAAUAAGUGACAUGAUAGCCGAUACAGGUGAUAAAAAGCAGACAAAGAGGUAGUUAGGCCCAUCUUCGCCCUCUCAAGAUAUAUCUUAAUAAACAACCGAUGACAAAUGACAAACGAUAUAGAUUACAGUUGAUGACGUAACUAGACAUGUCCCAUCUUCAUUCCAUUAUAAAUUUUGACAAAUGACAGCCUAAACCAGCCAACCCAUGUUUUUUCGCAUCUUUAUCUAAUUUUUUCUCAACUUUUAGCACUUUUAUAGCAUAUUAUCCUAUUGAAAUGACUUAUAUUGAUGUAGAGCAAUUUUGAAAACAACUUUUUGAUUUUAUAUUUACGGUUUGUUUUAUCUAAAUUUACAAUUUAAGACAGAUAACACUUGAUAAGUUACAAAUGACAUAAAAUGCAGACGACAAAAUGACAGAUCUGAUAUCAACGUAACUAAGCUUUAUUUUUAAACCAAGAGGAGUAAACUAAAAAGACAGAUUCACAACCAAGAAAGUCACUAGAAAUAUCACCAAAUACAUCUUCUUUUUUGGUUGAUCAUAUCGGCCUUUGGCGGUAAUCCAAGAAAUAUUAUAUUAUAGAAAUAUCUUAUACUAAGAGUUCUAAAAACAACUGUUUUUUAUAUAAAACAGACUAAAAAUCUAAAAAUUAAAGGAAUAACGUAGCAAGUACAAAAAAUCGCCGAUAUAACUUAAUUAACCUAUGAAAUGCCAAGUGUCAAAAUUUUAUAAAUGUCAUUAGUGUCAAAAUUUGAUAACAGUGGAGUAAACUUGGCUGAGGUUGGACCAAUUACAAACAAGCUUUACAGCGCGGGAAAUUUGAAUUAUUCCUCUUGGUUCAGAAGCAGACUGUAGACUCAUUUUGAAUCCUAUUUAAGACAUAUGUUAAUUAUCAUUUAUGUAGAACAAUGUUAAAAGCAACUAAUCUUAACAUACCUAGAACAUCCACAAAAAACUUGAGAAUGUAGCGUUUUGCACCUAAUCCUUGUUAUGUAGCUAUUGUAAAAAACAUUUUAAAAGAAAAUAUCAUUUUUAUAAGAAGUAUUAAUUGUGAUUACCUGAGAUUAGAGAUUAACAACACAAUUAUUCAAAUGCCAAUUGUUUGUUAAAGAUAUUUUAAGACCGAUUUUCAAAAGCUUUCGUUAGCCUUUUACUUUUGAAAGUUGAACGUUAGUGCGGUAUUUUUAUUGUAAAUUGAUGUAAGUUAUUCCUUUUAUUUGUGCCAAAUAUUCAAAUAUAUAUAAAAGAUCUUUGGAGAGAUUUGCAACACAUACUUACAGUGCUAGCCAAAAGCCCCCCCCCCACGCAACUUUUGAACGGUUGUACAUAUAAUAGAAAAAAUUUGAGGGAGGACAUAAACGGGCGUAGGCUUCUCAAAUGGUCAUAACAGGUGACAUAAUAGUGACAGAUGACAUUACAGAGCUACUUUGACCGAUAAUUUUACAUGGGAUCUUAUGGCCAGUGAUAUCUGGCUUGAAAGAUAUUGACAAUACCUAUUUAAUCAUACUAACUUUAAUUUUAUUUGGGUUUAACACGUUGACGAACAGUGCGUCAAAUGUAUAAGCAAGUGUUGUGACACUACAUAUAUAUUUUGCAAAGUAGAAUAGGGAAAAAUGCAACGUUUAUAGACGUUGUGUCACAUUUUAUCAAUGGAAAUUAGACGUCUACAGACGUUCUGUCCGUUAACGUGUUAAGCUGAUUUGGAUGAAUAAAUUAAAUAAAUACUAAAAUUGUAUUUUCGCCACCUAUGGUUAUUUGUCAAUUUUUCAAUUCUCAAACAAAAUUAGUAUGAUCGAAAGGUAUUUUUAAUACCUUUCAAAUGAGAUAUCACUUGCCAUAAAACCAUUUAAAAUUAUUGGUUAAAGUGGCUCUAUAAUGUCAUCUGUCAUUAUUACGUCACCUGUUAUGACUCUUUGAGAAGCCGUAUGUCCGUUUUCCCCCCUUCAAAUUUCACUAAAAUAAAUAUAAACCUUCAAAAGAUAUGAGAGGGGAGGGGGCAUGUGGGUAGCACUGUAUAUCACUUUUACAUUAUAUGACGUACUAAAACUGACUUUAAGAGACAUCUGACAUUUGUAUUUUCCCCAAAAAUGGCUUUUUUUAUACCAAACCGUAGGCACUGAAUUACAGAGUUGCCACAUCAGCUUCAACUAACUUCUCUGCGCUCCGCAUGUAAGUGAUACGAUUUUUCUUAGUUUCUUUGUGUCGUAUUAAUCUGAUUAAGCUUCGUAAGACAGAAGAACAGCUUUAUAUCUCUCCAAAGUCAAAAGCGUACGAUUUACAUCAAUUUAAAGCAUAUAUAUCAUAUUUUGAAACGAUUUAUUUUUACCAAUAUAAAUAUCUUUAUUGCUACGAAUACGAAACAUACUAAUUAAUAUUGUUUUAGACCCUAUCGUUUUGUUUUUAUUAUUAUUACACUGUUACAUUCUGUAUAUUUGCGAUAUUAUGUGCCUAUAAUAUAUUGUAGAUAGAUAUCAUAAAUAGUCCCUGUAUAUUAUAUUUUAAAGUGUAUAAAUUUUUUUAAGUAUUGAAA